UUCCGUGUUCAAUGAAGCCUAGUCCUGCUGCCUGGUUGCUAGGCAACAGUAUACAUCUUUGCGCAGCAGAAGUGAGUUUGAAUGUAAGAGUACAGGGUAGAGAGUCAGGGGAUCCAGAGACAUUAGCAGGAUGAGCAGGCUAUAUGAUACCGCAGAGCCCAGUUUGGUGGACGAGGAGCUGCUGCAGAAGGCAGUGGAGGAGCAAGGCCCUCAAGACCAGGCUGGACAGAUUGCCAAGGAGGAGGGCAUCCAGUAUGACGAAGUCUGCCAAUUGCGCCUAGACUACAAGAACAUCCUGAAGAUUGAUCACCUGUGGCAGUUCACGUCUCUGACCAAGCUACAACUGGACAAUAAUGUCAUUGAGAAGAUUGAAGGACUGGGGCGCCUCACUAAUCUGAAAUGGCUAGAUCUGUCCUUCAAUAACAUUGAGGGGAUUGAGGGGUUGGAUUCUCUGGUGAAGCUGGAAGACUUGAGUCUCUACAACAACAGAAUCUCUGUCAUUGAGAACAUGGACACACUCCUAAAUCUACACGUUCUCUCUAUUGGGAACAACUUCCUGGCUCAGUUGGAAAAUGUUAUCUACCUCAGAAAGUUCAAGAACCUGCGCACUCUCAACCUAGCUGGAAACCCCAUCUGCAAAGAGGACCGCUACAAGAUCUUUGUUGCUGCCUACCUUCCAGAGUUGGUUUACUUGGACUUCAGGCUAUUGGAUGAACAAACACGAGAGCAGGCGUUUGGAAAAUACCAGUAUGCCAUUGAGGAGAUGCGCCACAAUGAGGCCCAGGAGAGAAGGGCGAUGGACGCUAGGCAAGAGCAAGAGGACGAGCUGCAGUUGCACAGGGAUGCCUUUGUGGAGCUCUUGAACGGCCCAUAUCUGUUUGACAGCAUGUACGCAGAUGAUGCAGAGGCAGCCAAGCUGGCCUACCUCCCCGGAGUGUCUGUACUACUAGAGACAUACAAGAGCCACCUGGUGGCGCUGUGUGUGCAGGUGUUUGAGAUUGGCUUGGCACAGCGCAGCCGGAGGGAAGACGAGGUCAAGUCCUUCUUUGACUGUUCCAGAGAAGCCGUGGACGACAACCAGCAGAGAGCAGCACAGAUCGCUGCAGACUUUGAGAAAGCCAGGAGACAGGUGAUGUCUGAGAUGCAGCAGGCCACAGACACACGUCUCCUGGAGGCCCAGCUGAACCACUGCAGCGAGGAGAUUAACCAGCUCUGUGACAGCCUCAUGACCCAGGAGCUGCAGCUAGUCGACCAGCUGGAGGACAUAAUCAAAGAUUUUGAGAGGAACAUUUCAGACAUGGUUGCCGGAUUCAUUGAAGUUGUUCAAGGAAUUUUCGCCCAGUGCCGAGACUUAGAGAACCACCAUCACGAGAAGCUACUGGAAAUCGCUGUGGCAACCCUGGAGCGAGUGGCCAAGAAUGAGCUGGAGGAGGAUAUGCCAGAUGAUGUCCGAAUGGUCAGUGUCAGAAAGGCCCUGUGUCUACAGCAAAUCCUACAGGCCAUGGUCAAAAGUAGUGUACUAUAUAGGGAAUAGGUGGCUAUUUGAGACGCAGCCUAAAUAGUGUUUCCCUACCCCUCUCAACCCUGUCUCUUAUCUCCACAAACAUUUUCAAAUAUUGUCAAAGACUCCAGCAACUCAAAUCAUAGACUGUUCUCUCUGCUACCGCACGGCAAACUGUACCAGAGUGCCAAGUCUGGGAUCAAAGGGCUCCUACCCCCAAGCCAUAAGACUGCUAAAUAGUUAACUAAAUAGCUACCUGGACUAUCUGCAUUGACCCUUUUUGCACUAACUCUUUUUAACUCUAUGCACACACACUGGACUCUACCCACACACUCACACAUACUUACACUGACACUCCAAAACAUACAGUGCAUUCAGAAAGUAUUCAGACCGCUUGACUUUUUCCACAUUUCGUUAUGUUACAGCCUUAUUAUAAAAUGGAUUCAAUUAUUUUUGUCCCUCAUCAAUCUACACACAAUAUUCCAUAAUGACAAAGCAAAAACUGUUUUUUAGACAGAUCCUCUCAAGCUCUGUCAGUUUGGAUGGGGAGCGUCGCUGCACAGCUAUUUUCAGGUCUUUCCAGAGAUGUUUGGUCGGGUUCAAAUCUGGGCUCUGGCUGGGCCACUCAAGGACAUUCAGAGACUUGUCCCGAAGCCACUCCUGCGUUGUCUUGGCCUCCCCAGGAGAAGCCUUCUCCCAGUCUGUGU